CAGUAUGUAUGAGAAUUUGCUGUGUAGUUUAUUCAUGGCUCAGGUUUAAAACUGUUUUUAAGCUUGUUUGAUGCAGUGGAAGAUGCAUAUCCAAACUGUGUGUGUACAUAUGUAUCUAUUUUAUCAAAUCUUUUGUUUUCUUGAUACACAUUCCCUUUUUCUUGAUUGCACAUUGAUCUUGAUUGACUGAUAUUUUGAGUCAUAGUAUCACUGUAUUGGGAGACAAAAGUAUUUUAAGCUCAUAAAUGUGUUUCAUAUGUAUACCAGAGGGUGCUUAUGUACAUAUGUGUAUCUGGGUAAGCUGUAGCCUAAAUUAACAUUUCAGUUAGAGAAGUGUAUGGAAGACGACCCUCCGCAGCUGAAGACAGGAGUGUUUCCUGUGCACAUUAUAUGAAGAAAAACUCUGCUCACAGCCUCUAGCUUGAAAAGAAGAAGCGGAAAAUGGCGGUACGACUUCCGGCUGGCUGUCUUCCUUGACGUCCGCUGCCAAAGUUUAAAUAACGACUCUCAGGCAUUGGACUUCAUCAGUUGUUCUUUGAAAGUCAGGAAGAGCUUCAUCAACAUGAGCGGAAGAGGAAAAGGCGGCAAAGGGCUCGGCAAGGGAGGCGCAAAGCGGCACCGCAAGGUUCUCCGCGACAACAUCCAGGGAAUCACUAAGCCCGCUAUCCGGCGUCUGGCUCGUCGCGGCGGAGUGAAGCGUAUCUCCGGUUUGAUCUACGAGGAGACCCGCGGGGUGCUCAAGGUUUUCCUGGAGAACGUGAUCCGUGACGCCGUCACCUAUACUGAGCACGCCAAGAGGAAGACUGUGACUGCCAUGGACGUGGUUUACGCCCUGAAGAGACAGGGCCGCACCCUGUACGGCUUCGGAGGCUAAACCCGGUCCUGCUCUCUCAACAACACAAAGGCUCUUUUAAGAGCCACCCAAUUCAUCUGCUAAAGAGUUGGUCUUCUCUACGUGGGGCUGUGUUAUACAUGUAACAUCCAUUAACAAACGCCACCAAGUGUUCUCUGAACUCAGACCUUUAUCUUUCAUGGGCCCGCAACCUCUAAACUUGCGGAGCCCUCGAGCUGCAACAGCUAGCACAAACACAACUUCAGUGGCGGCGAGGCGUUGCAGCCCGAUGCGUCACUCACUGUCUCUUUUCAUUCGGCGCUCAUUAGUGACGCCGGUUGCUCAAAUGAUCCACUGCAGCCCGUCACCGCUCAGCCUCGGGGAUCUCACGUGAGGUGCUCCUCCGUCUUACGCGGGAGGCCCUUCUGUUUCCUAUCGUCACUGCCCACUAGUGGUGGGCGAUACCAAGUAAAUACUGGACCAGUACGCCGAUAUCGAUAUCAAUACCGCUCC